CGUUUUAUAAGAAAAGAGAAGCGAACGGCAAAACGCAACGUCGCAACGGUAUAUGCUUUCCGCUGGCUAAGUCCUUUUGACAUAACACACACUCUCACUAGCUUUGCUUAGGGCAGAUGGCAAUUUGGGGCUUUUUCUGCGUAAUUAGGGCACACAAUUUUCUGUGAUUGAUCCUCGCAAGCGGAAGAAGAUGUAAUACCAAAGAGAUUCUCGUUCUUCAUCCUUCAUCUUUGACCGUUUCCGCGAGUGUCGUAACUGCAGGACUCGAAGCCAUUUUUCUGUUAGGGUUUUUCGUCGUUGUCUUCGCAUGAAGGGUGCGUUGGAUCGGACGAAGGUGGUGCUGCGGCACUUGCCUCCUACGAUUUCUGAGGCCGCACUUUUGGACCAAAUUGACGGCACCUUCGCUGGCCGCUACAAUUGGUUCUCCUUUCGUCCUGGAAAAAUCAGCCAGAAGCAUAUGUCCUACUCCAGAGCUUACGUUGACUUCAAAAAGCCAGAGGACGUUAUAGAGUUUGCUGAGUUCUUUAACGGCCACAUCUUUGUAAAUGAAAAGGGAGCACAGUUCAAAGUCAUGGUUGAAUAUGCUCCUUCACAACGUGUUCCUAGACAGUGGUCUAAAAAGGAUGGCCGAGAUGGGUCCAUAUACAAAGAUUCUGAGUAUCUGGAGUUUCUUGAACUUCUUGCCAAGCCUGUUGAGAAUCUUCCCAGUGCUGAGAUACAGUUGGAGAAAAGGGAAGCAGAACGAUCAGGUGCUGCAAAAGAUAAUCCUGUAAUUACACCAUUGAUGGACUUUGUGCGUCAGAAAAGAGCUGCCAAGGGACCUCGGAGAUCACUUUCUAAUGGAAAAGUGAGUAGAAGAGCUGGCACAUCAUCAAAUGGGAGUAGUUGUUCUGCCUCGUCAAGACGAGGUUCUGGAAAGAAGAGGAUUUCCACCACAAUGUAUGUUGCAAGAGACACAGGGAAAGGUUCCACUGGAAAAGACAAAACAAUUUACACUUUGGUUCCCAGGCAAGGUGAUCAGCAUCAUUCAAGUAAAACUUCAACUGUGGCUUCCUCAGAUGCAAACCAAACACUGGAUGAGAAUGGAGUUGCUGGAAAUACUGGUUCCGGGAAGAAGGUCCUGCUUCUUAAAGGGAAGGAAAGAGAGAUAAUUAAUGGGCCUGAUUUAGAUAGUUUAUUAGAGCAGAAUAAUGUAACAUCUUCAGCCAAAACAAUUGUUGGCUCAGCACCUCUGAAGCAGAAUCAGAGGCAUGAAGGUAGUGCAAGGAUUAUUAGAAGCAUACUCUCAAACAAGGAAAUGCGUCAAAGUCAGUUAGCCAGGCCUCAAUCGGAGCAGACAAUACCAACAUCUGAUCUACAAAAAGAAAGACAACCACCUCGCCCUGUACAUGUGCAAUUGAUUUUAAAGGGUUCUAAUGGGACACCAGAGAAUAGGAUUGGCAUGCAUGAUUCACGUAAUUCAAGUGAGAGGCUGGAGAAACGUGUUAGGCAUAAGGAUAGACCUGAUCGUGGUGUAUGGACAAAUCGUUCAAUUGGAGGCGAUGAUUCUUUAUCAUUGUCUGCUUCCUCACAAGUAGACCAUUUGGAAGGUCAUGCAGAGUCAAAACAUGUGACAGCACAUGUAAGAGGUGGGGAUGUAAAAUCGAACGCAAGUGGUCGUGGCAGUCAUUCCUCAGAAAAUGGCUUUGGUAAACAUUUUGGUCGCCGGGGACCAACACAUCUGAAGGAUGUUGAUGGCUAUUCUGUUGCAAAUGAGGGAAAGCAUCAUAGAAGAACUAGUGGCUCACAUGGUUCCCACGAGAAACAGGUUUGGGUUCAGAAAGCAAGUUCUGGGACCUAGUGUAUUUAGAUUGUGGUAAGCUUGCUGACUUGCAAUUUGGGAGCAUCUAUUUGCUAGCUGCUGGAUUCUGUCUCUUUUUGGUUGACAGAUUCUUCUAGGUAACUGAGUUUGUGUGGUAAAAAAUUCUUUACAAUUGAAAUAUUCGGACAUAGAAUUGAAGAUGGGAUCCGUACAGAGAGAGAGAGAGAGAUUAUUGGCAUCAGAAUUCCUUGGUCUCCCUUUUACAAAUUGUAGAUGUUUGAAGAAUUGUGGAUAGAUUUGAAUAGCCUGGCAAGUUGACUGAGUAAUGGGCAUUGUCUGGGUUUAUAUUCCAAUAUCUUAAGUAGUUUAGGUGUAAAUAUGAAUCCAGGAUUUUGUGUGUCCUUAGCCCCUAUUAUACAAUCUCUCACUAGCUGUCCACCAAAUACAAGUAGGAGCUUGCGAAAAUGAUCCUGGAUCAGUUUUGGACUACCUCUCUGCUCAUUUACAUUGAAGGAACACUCAAAUGGACUAUGUUGCAGGCUUGCUAUGUCUUCAUCCUUUCGUUGACUUUGGAGUUUUCUCCAGGGCACAGACACGGAAAUACCAUAGAUGGUGUGUUACUAAGGAUAAAUAAGGUCUUGCGGGAGUUACUAGUGUGUGGAUAUUGUUUUGGCUCUAAAAUAUUAUUGUACAGUGUGGUAUUGCAUACUUGCAUGUCUCAGCAAAACAUGGCUGUUACACUGCUGGUUCGUGAUUAUAAGUUAAUUAAUUUUGUGAAUUACCAUCCUUAACCUUCCCAAACGUAGCAGUUAUAAACCCAUGUUUAGAUUAUUGUGGAUGUCAUCCGUCUGUAAAGUCCUUUAUGCUAUUUGGGUAUUAGAAUUCCAUCAGGAUCACAUUGGGUGUCAUGGUGUGUGGAUGUUUUCCCACUGUAAAGUUUGGGAGGGAGGAAGUUUAUCCUUAUAUUUAAUAACAUCUUUUUACCAAA